AUGGGGCUCCAAGAAGUUUUCGCGUCCACUUCUCUUGAGCUCCAGGGCAUUCAUGCCGUCCGUUGGCUUUCGCAGGGCGACGCAGUGCUCAGGCUUGUCGCCGUGCUUCCGGCUCUCAUCGUGAUGUUGAAGGAGUGGGACGCGAAGCUGUAUGCUCUCGUGACAAGUUACAGGUUUCAUUUUAUUCUUUUCUUCAUUGUUGAUGUGCUUGAGCAGCUCAACAUCCUGAACAGGGCGUUCCAGCACAAGGAGCUUAACUAUGCAAGCGUGCAUGCGCAGAUCAAGCGCACAACGUCCCACAUCGAGAGCCGCUACGUUGAUUGUGGCGACGACUUCGGUGGCGGUGUCAGCGAGCUGCUGUCCCCCUUCAUCGCGCGCCAUGGGCCAGGGGGAAAUCGGGAGGUGAAAGUCGAAGGGAUUGACUCGGACGGCCGACCUGCACGCUUCACCUUCAGGUUGCACGAGGACGAGCUUGAGGAGUUCGAAGGGCUCGGGACUCACGAUGGUUGCGUCGACGUCUGCACGGAGUUCGCCGAGGUGAUCGUCCACCAACUGGAGCAUCGGCUUGGCGACCUGGAUGGCAUGUCCAAGGCAAAGCUUUUCAUGCCCGACGAGUACCCACUGGAUCGAGAAGAGAGGAACCGCAGGUGUCUUGAGUGGCUUCAAUCCCUUGUGACGUCGUUCAAGGCCGACCUGACAAAAGAGAUCCUGCCAGAUUUUCGGAGCGGCGAAGAAAGAAGGCGUGAAGGCGGUGGAGAUAGCGAAGGAAGGCAGCGGCUCGUGGAAGGGCAUGAUAGGAAAGAUGGGGCCACGUGGGAGCAGUCAUCCGCCAAGGACAUCGUGAAAUCGGGGGGCAGGGUGAGCGUGCGCGUGACUUCAACGGGCGGCAAGCAGGUGGUGCUGAAGGGCGUCAUUCCGAGCAACUGGCGCGCUGGAGAGAUCUACGGCAGCGAUACCAACUUCUAG